AUGUCUACUGAUGUAGAGUCUACUACCAGCACUUCAACUGAGGUGGCACCAGCCAGCAAACUUGCAACAAAGAAGGAAAAGAAAAAAGUUCCAGAAAAAACAGAUGAAUCUCUUGGCCAGAUUCAAAGGAGAUGGAGUACGAUACAAAGCCAAAUUAAUUGGAAUCGAUGAUGUUCCAGAAGCUCGCGGAGAUAAAAUGAGUCAGGACUCCAUGAUGAAGCUAAAGGGGAUGGCGGUGGCAGGUCGAUCUCAGGGACAGCACAAGCAGAGGAUCUGGGUGAACAUUUCACUUUCUGGAAUAAAGAUAAUUGAUGAAAAAAACGGGCGUAAUCGAGCAUGAACACCCAGUUAACAAGAUUUCCUUCAUUGCCCGAGAUGUGACAGACAAUCGGGCUUUUGGAUAUGUUUGUGGUGCUGAAGGACAACAUCAGUUUUUUGCCAUCAAAACAGCACAGCAGGCUGAACCUCUAGUGGUGGAUCUCAAGGAUCUCUUCCAGGUCAUCUAUAACAUAAAGAAAAGGGAAGACGAAGACAAGAAGAAGAAUGAUGAAAGCAGCCAGCCAGUGGAGAAUGGAAGUGAUGCACUGCUCAGUAUUAGUGAGGAAGUCCAGAACAUCAAACUAGUAAGUAAAGAUAUAUUCUUG